UCCUCGGCGGCGAUUCGAUUGCAGAAACAUUCCGAUGGAUCUGCUCAGGCAAGAGAUUCUGAAGAAGAGGCAGUCUCUCUCCGAGGAAGCUGGUGGCAAGAAGUUCUACAAACGAUCCGAUAUCGAGCAGAAGAAACUCCAGAAGCUUCGCGAGGAAGAGCGACGCGAGCAUGAGCUCAAGGCCCAGCGAAGAUCCGCCGCCGCUGCAUCUAUCAGCGGUGGUAAAUCAUCCGGCGAUUCAUCUGCUCCUGGCUCUUCCACGGCAUCGGAGACAGCUGCGAUCGCUGAUUCCAAAUCCCUAACCGACGAGAAGAACAUCGAAACCCUAGAUCUUCCGAGGCAUGAAGUGAUUCGCAGAUUGAGAAUCCUCAAGCAGCCGAUGACUCUCUUCGGGGAAGACGAUCAAGCUCGUCUCGAUCGGCUCAAGUACGUGCUGAAGGAAGGCUUGUUCGACGUUGACAGCGAUGUCACCGAUGGACAGACGAACGAUUUCUUGCGGGACAUCUCUGAGCUGAAGAAGCGGCAGAAGAGUGGUAUCAUGAUGGGAGAUAGGAAGAGGAAGAAGAGUACUAGAGAUGAGGAAGGUGAUAGAGGGGAAGCGAGGGAUGAUGAGAUUAGUGGCGAGUCUAGUGAUGUUGAUGCUGAUAAGGAUUUGAAGCGUUUGAAGUCUAACUUCGAGGAUCUUUGCGAUGAGGAUAAGAUUCUUGUGUUCUACAAGAAGCUGUUGAUUGAGUGGAAGCAGGAGCUUGAUGCUGUGGAGAACACUGAGAGGAGAACUGCUAAAGGGAAGAAGAAUGUAGCCACUUUUAAGCAGUGUGCUAGGUAUCUUACUCCUCUCUUCAACUUAUGCAGGAAGAAGGGAUUGCCAUCUGAUAUUCGUCAAGCUUUAAUGGUGAUGGUUAACCACUGCAUAAAGCGAGACUACCUCGCUGCAAUGGAUCACUACAUCAAACUAGCCAUAGGAAAUGCACCAUGGCCCAUCGGUGUGACUAUGGUUGGUAUCCACGAACGUUCCGCGCGAGAGAAGAUUCACACCAACAGUGUUGCUCACAUCAUGAAUGACGAGACCACUCGCAAGUAUCUUCAGUCGGUUAAAAGACUAAUGACGUUCUGCCAGAGACGUUAUCCGACUAUGCCUUCUAAAGCCGUUGAGUUCAAUAGCUUAGCCAACGGAAGUGAUUUACAGUCUCUCCUCGCUGAAGAGAGGUACUUUGGUGGUGAUCGUGGACAAGUCUCGGAAGAGAGACUACGCCUCAUGGCUCCCCUGAACGACAACUAGUGUUUGCAUCUUUACUGUGUUGUAAUGUCUUAAACCUUUUCUAAGAUUGUAAUGAAAGAUUAACUAAUGUUGUGAUCUUAUAAAGUAUCUUCUUUAGUAGUUGACAA